AUGAAGAAGGCUCAGCGCGCGGUCGCCUCCUCCCGCCGCCUCCUCCUCGCGCUGCCCCAUGGCAUCGUCGCUAACAUUUCCCUCAGGGCUCCUGAGGCGGCAUCGCCAGGCUCAAAUCACGGCGCCGACGUCCGCGACGUCGUUAUCGUCGUCGUCCUCGCCGCUCCCUGGCAUUAUACCCCUUCGAGGCGCUCGCCGCCUCCCUCACGUGACGCCAGCCUGAGGGGGAGCGAGGGCGGCGCCUACCGGCACAGUUUAAAUUUGGAGGAGGAGGAGGAGUCCGAGCGAGCGGCGCGGCCCUCUGGAGGGAGGGGCUGUUUCUGUAAGUUAAUGAAUCUCGGCUCGCCAAAGCUUCUGGCUCCGCCCCCCUAUUUCUGA